AUGCAGAACAUGCAAGGGGUCGAAGUUGAAAUGGUCGCCCGCCGGCCCGGCGGUAGUGCCCCAGAUAGUGGUUCGCAUUGUGACGUCGUUCGCUACUUCGCAUAUCGCUUCGUCCAUGGCGCGGAGAAUGGCAGGGACAAAAGCCCGCCGCUGCAUACUAGAUCUGUCACCGAUGGGAUACCCUACCGCCUGGCGGCGGCCGACCCUUUGGGAUCCGUCGUUUCAAGAACGGUAGACGGCGGCCCACCGAUGUGCACACAGAUACGACUGAGCAUUAAUGCGGACGGGCAUGCGAAAGAAAGGGCGCUGUGGAUGGACGAAGCUGACAAACGGCGGAUCCAGCAUCAGUCCAACGUCGUCGGAAGGGCUCGCGAGAUCAAGCCGAAAAUGCUCGCACACCUCUGGGCUGAAGGGCAUGCUAAGCGUAUGGAUAUGGAUAUCACUUCCGACGACGGCGAUGAGGUGGUCAUCUUGUCCGACAACGGUGACGACGAACGAGAGACCGAGGCUAAGGUCUCGAACCCCGAGCAUGAAGUAAUCGCGGCAGCACACGCACUUCAGACCGACAAAACCUUGCCUGCGUCCGCCUUCACAUGGCAACACACACUCCCGGCCGGUAAAACCUUGUCAUCGAGGCGGGAUUCAGGCUGGACUGAGGGGGGAUCUUGCGAGGAUGCGAUGCAAGACAUGGAAGACGUGCAGUUUAUUAUGCCGCAGACUUCUCAACCGAGUCCGGAUUCGAUUAUAUUGUUGAAAACUCCGAUCAAAGCGACAGCGGAACAUGGAUGGGCGACCGCAUCUCGAGAGCCGGACGGCAUGUCAACAGCGCGUCUCACCAGUAAGAAUACGGAGCUCUCGAAAUCGCCAGACACGUCGAAACCGAAGACAGCGGAUCUCUCUUACAAAGCUAAAAAGCUCUCGAAACAACAGCCAGUGGAACCCAUUUGGAUCCUGUCAGACGACGAAGAAACUGCAUCUAGAAAGGAAGUGAAGAAGACCGCCAAGCCAUCGGGGUGUCAUUUCCUGGUCAAACGGAAGUCGAAAGUCGUCAAGCGCAAGGUGGCGUUGAGCUCAAGUUGGCGGCACCAGUGCUUCGAACUCGGAACCCCCAUGCCUCGCACCGGUCACAACAGCAGCGCGAUGGGCAUCAAACAAGAGAAGAAGAUCGUCUGCUAUGCUGAUGGCGGCUACAUCAACAUGACCUGGCCCGUCCCGGGGUUCGAGCGUACUUUGAUGCACAUCGCUUAUAUUGGCGUCUAUUUCCCGAAGGAGCAGAGAUCAAACGUUUCCCAGCUUGUAAAGGCGACAAGUUCAUUCGAAGCCGAGCUAAGCGCAGCAAUCAUCGCACUUCAAAAGAUCGGUUCGGGCGUCGACGUCGAAAUCCGAACCGACUGCCAAGACGUCAUCACCGAAAUGAAGACCUUCCAACGCAGCUCAAAGUGUUGUAAGAUUCUCGAGCUACCCAUCGCAGAAAGAGAGAUGGCAGUAUGGCGGGGCUUUGGAAGGGAUGCACGGUCUGAACUUUUUAAAGCGAUCGUUACGCGCGAGGGCCUUACGAAAAUCGUGUGGGUGAAGGCGCAUGCCGGCCUUUCGGGGAAUGAGGAGGCGGACAUGUUGGCGACAGUUGCGAGGACAACGCUGGUGCGGUAUCUUGUUGAGGAUCCGCACAGGCGUUGGAUUGCGGGCGAGUUUCGCGGGGGGAAUGGGAAGUCUCAUCGCUACUAUCUUUAUGAGUGUUGGACCUGUGAAAGUUGGGUGUGGGAAACCGAAAUGUAUGACUUUAAUGUUCGUGGUGCUUUUUUGCACCGGAAUGAGAUUGACUCUUCAUCACUUCUCCUGUCGGCAUUGUCCUUGGAUUCUAAUAAUAAUGGCCCAUUAUGCACAAUCUGGGGAGGCGAUGACGCUGAAGAAGUCGCCUACAACUGUCCUUCCGGCUAUCUCUUCAGGGGUAUCUUAGGGGAUUUCUUCGCCCUUUUCGUCAACAUGAGAAAGAAAGACGCAGAGGAAGAAAACGCCGUACACUUAGCUUCAGUAUCGGCACUUUUUGAAGUAGAGUCUUGCUAA